AUGAAUGCUGAUGUAGAAUUUGUCUCGUAUGAACCAAAGAAUGCCAACGGCAAAAGGGCUAGGGCAUCGGCACAAACGAGGCUGAGGGAUUCAAGAAUAAUUGACCAAGCACGCCAACCACAUGUAGAAGGUGUCUCAUCUGAACAAAAGAACGUCAACGCCGAGAGGGUUAGGGCAUCGACACGAAUGAUGCCUAGGGAUUCAGGAAUAAUUGGUCAAGCACAUCGACCACGUCAGUCGGUGCGAUGGGAGAUAGUUAUCAUCGAAUAA